GUUGUUACUUGCUGAUUCGCGUGACGUUUGCGUAAACGUCAACUGUUGCCAACUUAUGAAAAAAAAUUAGGAAAGUCCUUUUCUGUUCAACUUUACGGAAGACACAACAUGGCUCCGGUGGAGAAAGCUGUCGCAUCUGUUAAGGCAAAACCAGCCCCUAAAGCUGUUCAUGGACCUAAAAAACAGCUGCGAGGUAAAAACCUAAAAAAGAAGAAGGAGCAUUUGCGAUUUGGAGUUGACUGUACAAACAUAGCGGAGGAUAAUAUCAUGGAUGUUGGCGAUUUUGAAAAAUACUUGAAAGAACGCUUCAAGGUUAACGGAAAAACCGGAAAUUUGGGCAGCAACGUUACUUUUGAACGCCAGAAGAUGAAAGUGUACGUUAACGCAGAUGUGCAUUACUCCAAACGUUAUUUGAAAUACUUGACAAAAAAGUAUUUGAAGAAAAACAGCCUUCGCGAUUGGAUUCGUGUAGUGUCCAAUGAUAAGGAUCUGUAUGAACUGCGGUACUUUAGAAUCAGUUCCAAUGAUGAUGAAGAAGAAGACAACGAGUAAUGUCGAUGGUCUUAAAAGAAAAUAUUUCAAUAAACGUUGUAAUUUCCUAUAA